UCGCGAGGGUCGCCCCCCCCUCCCAGAUUCUUACGUUGUUUUAUUUCAAAAACCCUUUUCGGUUCAAAACCUCCCAGAUUAGCUCAUUCCCAACACCAAAAUCUCUAAAUCCAUCUCCCUCUUCUCUCUCAUUUUCUGUCUGAUUUUUUCAGCUUCUCUCUGAUUCAAUUUUGUCCUUUUAUGUCUCUCACUGACGUCCCUCUCACUACAAAAACGUUCCCUUUGGAGAAACCCAAACCCAUAACCACUCUCCUCCUCUUCUUCUUCUCCUCGUUGUAGUCGCUGAGAGCAGAGAGGGAGAGCUAUCAUGGGUAGGCCUCCAAGUAACGGAGGCCCUUCAUUCCGCUUCAAUCAGACUGAGGUUGCUGAGAUGGAAGCUAUUCUGCGUCAGCAUAAUAAUGAUAUGCCAGCACGUGAACUUCUAGCUGGCCUUGCAGAGAAGUUCAGUGAAACAGCAGAGCGAAAAGGAAAAUUUCAAGUGCAAAUGAAGCAAGUUUGGAAUUGGUUCCAAAAUAGGCGAUAUGCUGUUAGAGCAAAAUCAAGUAAGGUUCUUGGGAAGCUAAAUGUGUCACCUAUGCCUCCAGUGGAAUCAACUCCAGUGAGAACUGUUCUUCAAGGCCCACAACCUAUAUCUGCUCCUGUACAUGCCCUAUCAGUUCCAAGUGCAGCUAGGGGUGUUUCUGACAAUCCUAUCCUGGAGUUUGAAGCUAAAUCUGGAAGGGAUGCUGCAUGGUAUGAUGUUGCUAACUUUCUAUCUCAUAGACAUUUGGAGAGUGGUGAUCCGGAGGUACUGGUUCGCUUUGCUGGAUUCGGACCAGAGGAAGAUGAGUGGGUUAAUGUUCGAAAGCAUGUUCGGCAGCGGUCUCUUCCAUGUGAAUCAUCAGAGUGUGUUGCCGUUCUCCCUGGAGACCUUAUACUUUGUUUUCAGGAAGGUAAAGAACAGGCUUUGUAUUUUGAUGCCAAUGUCCUUGAUGCUCAAAGGCGAAGGCAUGAUGUAAGGGGUUGUCGUUGUAGGUUUUUAGUGCGCUAUGUUCACGAUCAGUCCGAGGAAAUUGUUCCACUGAGGAAGGUUUGCCGUCGGCCUGAAACGGAUUACAGGCUGCAUCAACUUCAUGCUGAAAACAACACCGCAGCAGCAGAGCAGAGAAGUAUGGAUUAUUUUAAGGUGCCUGCUAUUUCUGCUGAAAUGAUACAAAAGCAGCAGAAUGCAGAUGCAGCAUUUGCGUCCCCAGUUUUUCAUGCCAAUGCUUCUUUUACUCCCCUAGCUUCAACUCCUGAAUUUAGAAGACCAGAAACGAGCAUUGUUAUAAGUGGAGGAAAUACUAGUGCUUCUCCAAGUACUAGUGGUAGUGCUACAGGUUGUGCUGUACUCACAAGCUGCUCUGCUACUGUCGUCCCUGGCGGUGGUGUUAGGAACAUUCCGGGAGGGAAUUAAUGGGUUGCUUUGGCGAAUUCGUCAUUUCGGUUGUACCAUGUUGUUACUUUUAGUGUCCUGUUAUGGUGUAGGAUGAGUAGUAUGCCGGGUUCGACCUUUUCACAGCACUGGAAUUUCAUCAGUGUGUGAGUUGAGUAUGAGCUUAUCCCUGUAUACUAAUUCUGAAUAUGGCUAGUCAAAGAAAGUGUUUGGACUUC